GGGGAAGAAAGGGAAACUUAGCCACAGCCACCGUUUCUCGUGCCAUUUGAGAACCUGGACCGCGUAGGAGCUGGGGUACAGGGUUUGUCUCACUGUGGGAAGGAACCUCACAGGGCUGGGAAGAGAAUCCUGCUGAGAACUUCCAGCAGCGAGGAGGUCAUUCCAUGGACAGUAGCUGGCCUGCUGAGGCUUAGAAGAGAAGGUCUCCGAGAACCUCCAGCUCAUGCCCCUGGCUUGGGAAUCUUGCUGGCUCCAGAACGAUGGAAAACAGAAACACCCAGAUACACCCAGAGAACAAGGAGGAAGCUCCAGCGGUCCAACCAAGUCCCGGCCUGAAUUCCACCAAAAAGAAGACGGAUUUGGAGUGCACUGUGUCAGUCAGUCAGGCUGGGCUUGCAGAUGCCAAGGAAAAGGAUAGAGAAAAGCAGCCUGUGGCUCCCAGAGGACCAGAGGAGGAGCUCGGACACACAGGAUCACCCCAGAAGGGGCCAGGGGAGCUUGAGACCCAGGAACAGCUCUCAGCAAGACCAGAGAGCCAGUCAUCUUUGGCAACCGAGGAAGGGCCGAAGAAUCUACAAGCUGACCAGGAGCAAGCCCAGCCUGGCAGGGAGUGUGUGACCUCAGAAGAGCAGCCGCCACAGCCAACCAUGCCAACCAAGGACCAACAGGAGGGAUGGCAGAGCGCCAAGGCCAAAGAGAUUCAUCCCACUGAGAGCUGCCAGGCUCUCCCCACUCAAGGAGACACAGAUCAUCAUCUGGAAAAGCCAUGCGCCUCCGGCAGCAGGAGUCAGCCACUGGAGGAUGACCCCCCCAGUAAUGCAGGCCUCCCACAGGUCAAGCUGCAAAAGCCCAUGCCAACACCCAGCUCGGGGACACACAAGGACAGUCCCCAGGAAGCAGUGACACCCAAACCCACGGCAACUGUGGAGGAAAAGAAGGCCCGUCCCGUCUUGUCAUCAGCACCAAUCCCUCGACCACACAAAGAGGGAGGUGAAGCUGCAGAGAUCAAGGCAGCACCAAGGCCUCUUCCUCCACCAGAGGAAAGAAACAUUGAGAAGAAGGAGCUGGGCCAAGGGCAGAAGCAACGGCAGCAGGCUUCGGCAGCUGCAGGAACCCAUGCAUCUGGGAACUCCCGUCGGGGCUUCAUGAAGUGCCUCCUGGAGGUGGAGGAGCAGGAAGUCACCCAUCGGAGGACUUUGAAAGCUCGGACCCUGACAACCCGGAGGCAGGAGCCGGAAGAGCAUGGCCUCUUCAAACUGUACCAGAGCUGGGAGGAGCGGUCUGAGGAGCACCUCACCCUGAAGCAAGAGGAAGCCUUCCGCAGCUACUUUGAGAUCUUCAACGGCCCUGGUGAGGUGGAUGCACGGAGCCUCAAGAACAUCUUGCUCCUAAUUGGCUUCACCCUUACCCCAGCACAGGUGGAAGAGGCCCUGAUGAGUGCUGAUGUCAAUGGAGACGGUCAUGUGGAUUUCAAAGACUUCUUGGCAGUAAUGACAGACACCAAGCGUUUCUUCUGCUCUGUGGAACAGAAUGUCCUGAUGGAUAUGUCGCCCCCAAACCCCUACACACUGUUCUUUGAGAUCCUCUCUCUGCUGGUGGAGAUGCUGGCCCUGCCGGAGGCGGCCCUAGAAGAGAUCACAAACUACUACCAAAAGAAGCUGAAGGAAGGCACCCCCAAGACCCGAGAGAUGGAAUCAACUAUGGGCGGGCUGCGAUCAAGGAAGAAAAUUCCUUACAACUCUCAGCAGCAAGCAGACAGCUUAGAGGGCCCAGAUCGAAGGGUCCUCAGGAUCUUGAGCCGGCUGAAGCAGCAGAACUAUGCUGCCAAUAUGCAGAGCCCCUAUGCCCAGGUGCCCUGCAUCCCACUCUGCCCACGGCUGGAGAAGAAGGCAGUCCGUCGAAAACAGGGUAGCCAUAACCAUUCGGUGCUGGAUCAGUGUGUCUCUACAAGCCUGGGCCCUGACCUCCAUGGCCUCUUCUUCCAGUCAGGACAGCAAGGAAGCAGGUGGGUACUGAGGGCCAGGGCCUCUUUCUAAGAGACUAUGUUGGGAAACCCUUUACUCCAGGGAGGAUGGAUGGACAGACAGGGCAGGAAAGGCAGCAUCCUUUGCUGAAAGCCUGUGUCCUGAGCAUUAAGCAGCUGUGACCCUAGUGUCCUCAGGAUGGUGGUGUUCCCUGUUUCUCAAGCAUGGGAACUCCUUGGUUGAAUUACGGGAAGCUUAGAAAACUGGGAAGGAGAUGUUCCCUUCAGAGUUCCUAGGGCUUGGGGUCAGCCCCUCAGGUUCCACUCCCUCCAGAAGCGGCCUCUCCCUGAGUACAUGGGAUGACUCAUGAACCUGGCAGGACUAGGGGAAGAGGGCCAAAUAUGCCCUCUCUUUCUGCCCACCUCUCCUCCCCAGGGAACACAGCUCUGACAGCAGAAAGUGGCUUAGCUCUGUGCCAGCCCGAACCCACUGAUCGUCUGGAAUCCUGGCUCCAGAAGUUCAAGACCUAUAGACAGCUGGGCUGUGGGGCAGGGCAUGGUUUUGGGAGUUUGCUUUCAUGGCCUGGUAAGCCAAUAAACACCAAGAACCUCAGCCUCCGGACUUGAUGUUGGUCUCAGCCCCAGUUCUCACCACCCUACUUGACUUACAAAGCUCCAGCAUGCCCCUCCGCCCCCAGGUCAGAAUCUAGGCAGGACUCAUUGAAACUCUGUCUGGGGGAGGGGGAGCUUCCUACUGCAGUGCCCAUCUCCCCACUCAAGAGUUGGGAGUCCUACAGUGAUGGACUUAAGCCAAGUACACCAGAAAGCCUCAGCCUUAGGAAGCAGCCGACCUCUGCAAGAACAGGAACCCCCCCAGGGCUGGACAAGCAACCACAGUUCGAGAUAGGAAGCCAGAAAAGAGGACAAAUGCCUGACAAGUUUAAAACAUGUAUUUAAAAUACAAUUUAUAAAAUGCUUAAUCUGCCGACUCAGGAGCCCGCGGUGGGGGUUAGGGUGGGGAGCUGCCUGCUACACCAGCAGAGCGAGACUGCAGGGUGCGGCCCUCCCUCCCAGUCCCUUCUGUACAGAUGCCCAAGGGUCCCCCCUGGGGUCAUAUGACCAGAAGCAGGACCCCAGAGGUUUUCUUGAGUCUCUGCUCACCAGGGAGACUGGAUUCAGCCCUGCCGGCCCAUCCCUGAGCAGAGCACCCCAAGAUGGGGCAGAGCAGGGUAUGGCAGGGCAGGACAGGGCUGGGCGGGACAGGUGGGCUCUGGAAGGGGCUGAUGGCAGCAGAUAGGGUGUUGCCUCCUGCCUGCAGGUGGGGAGCACCCUGAUUGAGGGGACUGAGAAGGGCUGGUCACCAGACCUGGACCCCCAGCUCCUUUGGUUAUAGGCUGACAUCAGAGUAGUGGCUCAUGGGAAGCGGUUAGCUGGAAGGGCUGAGGCCUGGCUCAUUGGGUCCAGGAAGAGCUGGGGGAAGGGACAGUACCAUGAAGGCAAACAAAGGGGCAGCAGCCUCAGGUUCCUGCCCCUCAUCCCCCUGGGGAUUUCCAAGCCAAAGCCUGCAACUUACUUAGAGACAGAAAGGAAGAAAAAAAGAAAAAGAAAA